AUGCACAAAGUUCCAGGCGGUGAGGACAAGGUUCCUGGCGGUGAGGACAAGGUUCCUGGCGGUGAAGACAAGGUUCCUGGCGGUGAGGACAAGGUUCCUGGCGGUGAUGACAAAAUUCCUGGGGCUAAGGAAAAGGUUUUUGGCGUUGAGUACAAAGUUCCUGGCGGUGAGGACAAGGUUCUUGGCGGUGAAGACAAGGUACCUGGCGGUGAGGACAAGGUUCGUGGCAGUGAGGACAAGGUUCCAAGCUUGGGAGGACAGGGUUCCUGGCGCUGAGGAAAAGGUUUUUGGCCUUGAGUACAAAGUUCCUGGCGGUGAGGACAAGGUUCCUGGCGGUGAGGACAAGGUUCCUGGCGGUGAGGACAAGGUUCCUGGCGCUGAGGAAAAGGUUUUUUGGCGUUGA